GGUAAAUAGAUGAUGCCCUAGAGGUAAUGAGUGACAGGUUUGGUACCGACUCACAAGUACUCCCUGCCCAGAAUCAGCCCCAAGCCCGUAGGAUGGACAGACUGUGACCUGUGUCUGGGAGAAGGACAGACAGACAGCGCUGAGACUAAACAAUGUUCUCACAUAAUUUGGAUUUUUAUAAUGAAUCGAAUAAACAUUCAGGGAAGCUCCAUCUACCAGAGGAGACGUUUGCUGCUGGGAAUCGUUAUCCUGCUGCUGGUGGAUAUUAUUUGGGUUGCGUCGUCUGAGCUGACUUCCUACAUAUUUCAGGAAUACAACAAACCCUUUUUUAGUACCUUUGCGAAAACCUCAAUGUUUGUCCUGUACUUGUUGGGGUUCAUUGUAUGGAGGCCGUGGAGACAGCAAUGCAGCAAAUGCUUCCGUGACAGGAAUUCCACCUUUUUUGCAGAUGCUGAAGGUUAUUUCCCUGCCUGCACCACCGAUCACACCCUGACACAUGCCCUGAGUGAACCCCUCUAUGUUCCUGUGAAGUUCCAUGAUUUGCAGAAUGAGAAGGUGGGAGCGGGGCGAGUUGCCCCAGACAAAGCGGUGAAGGCCCCGCGGGUGCGGUUCAGUAACCUGAUGGAGGUGCGGCAGCUCCCGUCCAGCCAAGCCGUAGAAGCCAAGUUGUCUCGCAUGGCCAAUCCCCCCAUUCGCCAGAGUGACGCCAUGCUCAGGGGCGUGGCCAAACUCACGGUGUGCCAAGUGGCCAAGAUCAGCUUCUUCUUCUGCUUUGUGUGGUUUCUGGCGAAUUAUUCCUAUCAGGAGGCCCUUUCUGAUACGCAAGUGGCCAUCGUUAAUAUCAUUUCAUCGACUUCUGGGCUGUUCACCUUGAUUCUGGCGUCGGUGUUUCCCAGUAACAGUGGGGAUCGAUUCACCCUCUCCAAGCUACUGGCUGUGGUGAGUGUUGGAGGGGUGGUGCUUGUCAGUCUGUCUGGAUCAGACCAAUCAAGAGGAAAAGACACUAUAGGCUCCCGGUCGAAGUUACUGGGGGCUGUGCUCUAUGCGGUUUAUAUAGAUAUGAAACGCAAGGUGGACCGAGAGGACAAACUGGAUAUUCCGUUUUUUGGAUUCGUCGGGCUAUUCAACCUGCUGCUGCUCUGGCCCGGCUUCUUCCUGCUGCACUACACUGGCUUUGCUGCCUUGUUCCCAAUACUGUGGAACUUCUCACCAUCUCUCAUCAACGUCAUCGGAACCGUCUUGUCUUUUCAUGUGAGGUUGUGGGGCUGUUUCCUGACCUCCUCCCUCAUCGGCACGUUGGCCCUCAGCCUGACCAUCCCUCUCUCUGUCAUUGCUGACAUGUGCCUACAGAAGGUGCGGUUCUCCUGGGUGUUCUUUGCCGGUGCCGUUCCCGUGUUCAUUUCCUUCUUCGUGGUGACCCUGCUGUGCCACUAUAAUAACUGGGACCCCGUCAUGGUGGGGAUUCGCCGGGUCUUUGCCUUUAUUUGCCGGAAGCAUCGGAUACAGAGGGUAUCGGACGACAGUGAGCAGAGCCAGAGCCUGAUUGCGCUGCACAGCGUGUCCGACGAUACCGGAGCCUGUCCAUAGGCCCUUGGUUCUACGUUGCACGGUGACAAUCUCCGGUCUGGGCCCUGGUUCCAGUCCAUUCGGUACAGCGCUGCUUAUCCCUGUGGUACUGACAGUACAGCACCGUUCUGCCUUAAUUCCAGGGAACCUCCCUGACUGGUUUCACAUUGGACUUGCCCCGGGGGUACGUGUGGGGCACAUAAUAGGAAAUCCUUACUGUAUGCCAGCAACAAGCCCCGGUGCAGCCCGUGGGCAUGGCCGGGCAACAGAAGGGCAGCGCUGGUUGGUUGCUAUCGGUUACUGGACCCACAGUCUCGGGUUACUCACUACAAAGCUGCUUUCUUGGUUAUUCUCCUGAAUUAUUGCUUUCGAACCCUUGGGCGGUACCGGUUCUACACAUCCCGGUUCUACACAUCAUGUGUGUGUGUGUUGGAUGCAUGUAGCACCAAGCCCAGGGCAGGAAGGUUCUGUAUAACAAGGGGGGGGGUACCAAUUGUGGGUGGGACCAGGCUGUGUGGCACCCUAUAUGUUUGUGGGGUUUCCCUUGGGGUGACAGCUGCUUGUGGGAACUGGAAGGGUCAGUGACUGUAUCAGCACUUGGGGGGCCCAGCAGGAAGGGGUUGGUUCUGUGUGAGUCCCCGGGGGGCAGCAUUUGGACCCCUGACUAUUAGAAGCAAUGGCUUUAGGGGGCUUGUCCUGCAGUGUUGGCCCUGGGAGGGUCCGGCUUUGGCGCUUCUAUUUACCCCUAAUGUGGCCCCACUUUGCACUAAUUCAUUAUUUUGAAGGCCCCGGAUCCAAUGGGGUUCAGCCCAGAGCAGCGGCUACUGGUUCCGGCCCCCGGGCUCACAGCACUUAUGGACUUGCCUUGGUUUAGGGCUCGGUGGGGGCCCUGCCGCCAUUGGGACUGACCAGUGAGCCCCAGUCUGACCGACCCCCGGCGUAGGGACUGACCAGUGAGCCCCAGUCUGACCGACCCCCGGCGUAGGGACUGACCAGCGAGCCCCAGUCUGACCGACCCCCGGCGUAGGGACUGACCAGUGAGCCCCAGUCUGACCGACCCCCGGCGUAGGGACUGACCAGUGAGCCCCAGUCUGACCGACCCCCGGCGUAGGGACUGACCAGUGAGCUCGGUGGGGGCCCUGCCGCCAUUGCACUCAGUCUAAUAGAGCUAAAGCUGAUUAUUUGGGGGCGUAUGCCCUUUCCUGGCAGUGCCAAUCAGGAUCAGGCACCCGGGGGGUCAUUCACACACAACUCCUGGGCAGAAUGGCCCCCCAGCGCUUCACCCCCCGAUUCAGUGUCUGUCAGGUCUCAGUUGCCCGGAGAGAGGGAUGAGGAGGAAUUUCUAGCCCUUGGGUUUGGGUGUUAGUUGCCCUUUAGACUAUUUUUGCAUCUGUCGGUUUCCAUGGCAAUUCCUCUGAUACAUUGUUACCCCAACAGUGUCUGUCCCAGUGUUGCCCCAUUUGCCCCUUCUGGUGAGUCAGUAGUCGUAUCCAGCAGUUCCCUCUCAGUUAUGUGAUCCCUGUGGCACCGACACCUUUAUACUCUGCCCCCUGAGUGGCUGCUGCUGGGUUACAUUCCAUCCAAUCAGCACUGCCCUUAUAUCCAGGGGCCACAGCAGCUGCACUGAGAGAAGGGCCCUUAAUCCCUGGAGGCUGGAGGGACUCGGGGGGGCCAGAGGGAUCUUUGUGGCUACAAUCAAGGCUGUGGCCCCAUUAUUAUUAUUAUAUAGGGCCCCGGCACCAGUGAGGGAGGGGCAAACUGCAGAACGGGCCAAUGAAACGGCUGAGAAUCCCUGGGGUAUAAAGGGGGUCGCAGGCAUAUGCUGCCCACCAAUCGGUGCUGUUUUUAUUAUAGUGAGAUGUAAAUGUGUCACAUGGCUGUGAUCAGCCAAUCAGAGGAGGGCAAAUCUGCCAGCCACUCACAGUAUUGGGGGGUUGGUUGCAGCUGGAAAUAUGUUGGGGUUCAGUGUCUGGGGAAUAAAUGAUCACCCCCAUACAGACUGCUCCCCUUCUCUCACUGUGAAAUGGAUCGAGCCCCAAACUCCUGAAGGAAAAUGCCCCCGACAAUCCCACAGGUACAACAAACAAACCUGCCUGGGGGCCCCUUCCCUUGGGGAACCUGGGGGGCCCCUUCCCUUGGGGAACCUGGGGGGCCUCUACCCUUGGGGAACCUGGGGGGGCCCCUACCCUUGGGGAACCUGGGGGGGCCCCUACCCUUGGGGAACCUGGGGGGGCCCCUACCCUUGGGGAACCUGGGGGGGCCUCUUCCCUUGGGGAACCUGGGGGGGCCCCUACCCUUGGGGAACCUGGGGGGGCCCCUACCCUUGGGGAACCUGGGGGGGCCCCUACCCUUGGGGAACCUGGGGGGGGCCCUUCCCUUGGGGAACCUGGGGGGCCCUUGCUCUGCCGGGAGUCACCACAAGCUCCUCUCUGGGUCACGAUGGCUUAGGAUUUACUGUUACAAAGAGCAGUGAUUGGGGCUCUAUGGGGCCCCUCCCAGUUUCCCCUGAGUCGAUGCAGUGACCCCCCCCCCCCCGGGAGCCUUAAAUCUCAGGUCCAUUUGCUGGUUCUGUUCUGUCUUUUCCUGUAAUGACAUUUAUUAUCCAAUAAACUGCUGGGAUUCUUA